CGACUAGUGUGAAAAGUGUUAACAGUUAUUUGUUAUCUGUGACGACAAGAGUUUUUCGAUAUCAUAUUUUCACUUGGCGGAGAAUUUGAGAAUAUUUAGGACGCGAACGAGCAGUUUUUGGAGUUUUAUCCUUUUCGAAAAAAAAAUAAGAACGGACAAAGAUGAGGUCGGUGGUAGCUGUGUUUGCUGUGCUGGUAAUGGUUUUCGGGUUUAACCACGUGGUGGCGAGGCCAAACAACAGAAUAAAACGAGUGUCAGAUUCGCACUUAGCAGACUUAGAAACGAAAAUCGCCAUGAACAACAGAAUAAAGGGAUUUGCGAUAACGCUACCCAUUGGAGGAGGAAAAAUUGAUCCGCUUCAAAUUUCUUGCCGUAGAAGCAGGAGAGGAAAAAAAUGUUCGGGGCACUCACAGAAUCAAAUAGACAUCAACGGUAUAAAAACAAAAGACGAUCAGAAGAAGAUAUUUCUAAAAAAUUCAUAACGUGGCAAUUGACUAUAUUAGUGUGUUAGAAUCCUUAAAUUGCGCCUGAAUAUACAGGAUGAGGCACCAAAACAGAUUGAAUAUUUUGAAGGAGAAAUGUUUUUAAAAAUAAUUUCUCUUUUAAUAUAUUCAUUCUGUUUCGUUUGUAAUACUACUAUGGAAAUUCGAAUAUAUUAAAUUUAAAUCCUUAUGUACAGAGAACAUAAGGUAUAUAAUAAUACUUUGGGAUUGCCUAUUUUAAGGCCUUAUACAUCACACUAAUGUAGUCUAUUAUUUUACUGUGAACGAUAGACAAUAAUUCAAUGGUAUUAAGAAAUAUUUAUUAA